AUGGUGAAGGCUGUUAUUUUGGUUGGCGGGGAGACCACCGGCACCCGCUUCAGACCCUUGACAAUGGACUACAUUAAGUGUCUUUUCCCGAUCGCUGGUAAGCCCAUCAUUAGCCAUAUCCUCGAUAAACUCGUGAAUGACUUGGGCAAUGAGUUGGAAGAGGUGUUUCUCAUCAGCUUUUUUAAAGAUCCAUCCAAGUUCGAUUCUUAUCUCAAGGCGAGCAAAUCCGAGUUCCCAGGCGUGAAAAUCACCUUAUUGACGGAACCAACACCUAUGGGAACUGGUGGAGGUAUCUUCUUCUUUAAAGAUCAAAUUCUUGCUGGUAACUCAGAAUCAUCAAUCUUGUUCAUCCAUGGAGACAUUGUCUGCGAUUAUCCAUUCAAAGAGAUGUUGGAGUUUCAGCAGCAGAGUUCAUCCAAGAUCUCCAUCAUGGGUGUAGACCCACUUGUCUUGCUUAAGGACAAAGUAUUCCUGGGAUUGGACAAGGAACAAGUUCUUCGCAAAUACGGUACUGUCUUCUCGAAUAGAAAAUCCCAUGAUGUGGUUCACUACAUCGAAAAGCCUGAAUCUGACAGCUUUGCCAAGUUUAGUGACACCAACUAUCAGACUCACAUCAACGGUGGAAUUUACGUGUUUGGGGCUUCAGUAUUCAAGCAAUUGGAGGAAGCGAAAGCAAGAAAAGUGAGUUCCCUGGACUUCAAGGUCGCUGAAAACGACUUGGAUGACCCCUACAACCCCGACAUCUUGUCAUUAGAGUUGGACGUUUUCAAAAGCUUACCAGGAAAUGAUGGAAGCAACUUCAGAGCUUUUGGUAUUGAGAAGCUGUGGUACCAAUUGUCCACUCCACAUAUUGCGCUCGCUGCAAAUGAGUUCUUCCUCAAGCAAAACCCAGGCACAGCCUCUGCUUGUUUGACCCCACCCAUCAAGGUGUUGAGUAAGUUGGGCUGCAAGGAGUGCAAACUUGGACCCAAUGUUACCAUUGGCGCAAAUGUUACCUUGGGAGAGGGUGUUCGACUCAAAAACUGUAUCAUUUGCGACGAUGUAACCAUCGGGGCACAUACUAUCGUGAGCAAUGCCAUCAUCUCACUGGGAGUGAAAGUUGGCAAGUGGUGCCGUGUCGAGGGUACCUUGAACGCACCAAUCAGCCAAGCCAGUGUCGAGAAUUCAUCUACAUUCUUGAGCAAUUUGGUUGUAUUGUGUAAGGAUACUCUAGUGAGCAACCAGGUGUUCGUUUACAACUCUGUUGUGCUUCCUCACAAGGAAUUGAAGUCGGACACCAAGUACGAGAUAGUGAUGUGA